GUCCGUAGCCGCGUAGUAAACAAUGAAUCUCGCAUCUCACAUGCACUAUAAAAUGCGCACUCCUUCCCUUCAUUUUCUGUUACAUCAACCAAACCCGUUCAUUUCUCUUCCUCUGCCACCUUGGCAGAGAGAGAUAGAAACUUUAACGAAAAUAACCAACACCUCUUUCUCCUCCUCCUCCGUAACCGUAACCGUCGCCGUUUGUUUUUCCGGCGAGGUUUCUCUGAUUCGGUUAUCGGAUUGAUGGAUCUGUAUUUACUCGGUUGGAUUUUAAGCUCCGUUUUGAGUCUGUUUGCGUUAUACAGUUUGAUUUACGAUGGGAAGGAGAAGGUGAAUCAGCGUGUGGAUAGCGUGAAAAGUACUGAUGCUGGAGAAAUCAAAUCGGAGAAACUUAACGGUGACGCUGAUGUUAUAAUUGUUGGAGCUGGUGUUGCUGGUGCUGCUUUGGCUCAUACUCUCGGAAAGGAUGGACGUCGAGUGCAUGUUAUUGAAAGAGAUCUGAGUGAGCCUGAUAGAAUUGUUGGAGAAUUGCUACAACCUGGUGGCUAUCUCAAAUUAGUUGAACUCGGGCUUGAAGAUUGUGUCAACAAUAUUGAUGCUCAGAAAGUGUUUGGUUAUGCUCUUUUCAAGGAUGGAAAACAUACUCGUCUCUCUUAUCCCUUGGAAAAGUUUCACUCGGAUGUCUCUGGCAGAAGCUUUCACAAUGGCCGUUUUAUUCAGAGGAUGCGAGAGAAGGCUGCAUCCCUUCCCAAUGUAAAUUUGGAGCAAGGAACAGUCAUUUCCCUACUUGAAGAGAAGGGGACAAUCAAAGGCGUGCAAUACAAGAAUAAAGAUGGUCAGGAAUUGACAGCAUAUGCUCCUCUUACCAUUGUUUGUGAUGGCUGUUUCUCAAACUUGCGUCGAUCUCUUUGCAACCCUAAGGUAGAUAAUCCCUCUUGUUUUGUUGGCUUAGUUUUAGAGAACUGUGAACUUCCAUGUGCGAAUCACGGCCACGUCAUACUUGGAGAUCCUUCGCCAAUUCUUUUCUAUCCUAUAAGUAGUUCAGAGGUUCGUUGUCUGGUUGAUGUACCUGGUCAGAAGGUUCCCUCUAUUUCAAACGGUGAUAUGACAAAGUAUCUAAAGACAACAGUUGCUCCGCAGGUCCCCCCUGAGCUAUAUGACGCAUUCAUAGCUGCAGUGGACAAAGGCAACAUAAGGACAAUGCCGAACAGAAGUAUGCCAGCAGAUCCUCGUCCUACUCCUGGAGCGGUACUGAUGGGAGAUGCAUUCAACAUGCGUCAUCCACUAACAGGGGGAGGAAUGACUGUAGCAUUGUCUGAUAUUGUGGUGUUGAGAAAUCUUCUCAGGCCUAUGCGUGACCUGAAUGAUGCUCCCACACUUUGCAAAUACCUUGAGUCCUUCUAUACGUUGCGUAAGCCUGUGGCAUCCACCAUAAAUACAUUGGCAGGAGCCCUUUACAAGGUUUUUAGUGCAUCCCCUGAUCAAGCAAGGAAGGAAAUGCGCCAAGCUUGCUUUGAUUAUCUAAGUCUUGGAGGCCUAUUCUCGGAAGGACCGAUCUCUUUACUUUCAGGAUUAAACCCUCGACCCUUAAGCUUGGUUCUCCAUUUCUUUGCUGUUGCAGUAUUUGGUGUCGGCCGUUUACUAUUGCCAUUUCCUUCACCUAAGCGGAUGUGGAUCGGAGCUCGAUUACUCUCUGGUGCAUCUGGAAUCAUCUUGCCCAUAAUUAAGGCCGAAGGAAUUCGGCAGAUGUUUUUCCCUGCCAUGGUUCCAGCUUAUUACAGAACUCCCCCAGCUUUACAAGAGUGAGUAACGGCAAAUGCAUUUCGAAAAAAUAAAGUUGCUCUCAAGAUGAGAUAGCUUUAUCAUCCAUCCGUUCUUGAGAAAUUGAGGAAAGGUUGAUGCUAAUCGAUAUGUAUACAUUUUGGCUUAGUGUGCAUUCUUUGUAGUUUGUAACUGGUACAAUCUCAAAAGUGCAUGUAUGUUUUCUCCA